AUGCUCCGUCUCCCGUCAGUCCGCAAUCGAGUAGCCAUCACUUUCUUGGUCUUCGUGGCUGUCUUGCUACUCUACACAGGCUAUGGAUGGUAUGGCCCUUCACUGCGACGACAAAAGCCGUUAUCUGCAAAACUGGACAAGGUCCCGCUUCGACUUCUCCCGCUUGGAGACAGCAUCACCGAGGGCCGAUUUGGCCAAGGCAACAAUGGCUACCGAUUGAACCUCCGCAACCAACUCCUGCAGUCCGGCUACACAGUCGACUUCAUUGGCUCCCUCAGCGAUGGCGAAGACAACCCCGAUGGCGAGCACGAAGGGCACGGCGGCUUCCACAUCAAAGAGAUUCAAGCGAAGAUUCUUGAAAACGGCAUCCUCAAUCAACAUCCAAAUUUGAUCCUCUUGCAUGCUGGCUCCAACGAUUUGACUUGGCUUUUCGGCUGGCUUCCACCUCAAGAUCCUUACGAGGAAACUCCGCAGCGCUUCGAGUCGCUUCUGGACACGAUCUUGUGCGAAUGUCCUGACGCUGUUCUUCUCAUGGGCCAGAUCGUCGACAACAAGGAGUACAAUGCAUCGCAGCGAAUUCAAGGGUUCAACAAGAAAGUGGAGAUCAUCGCAGAGCAGAGACGAGCUUCAGGCUUCAAGGUCCAAGCAGUGGACCAUUUCGGAGUCUCGGGAGAUCUUAUACAACCUGAUUUCAUCCAUCCCACGGACGGUGGAUACGAACAUAUGGCUAAUCAAUGGUUCCAUGCCAUACAAAACCUCCCAGCGGAUUGGAUACAGCCUGCGAGGGAGCCUGGCCUUGAUGCUACUGAGAAUUGUAAAGCAAAAGUUCCGUCGUGA